AUGACUUAUGAUGAAAAUUUAGAGCAGAUGCUGAGUAAUUCAGAAAAGAUAGCAGAGCAGAUCAGCAAAGACCUUGGCUGCUCUGCUCCCCUCCUAGCCGUGUGGACUCAAUUUCUGGCAAUUGUAACCCUACAUCCUGACGUCACAACGUACCUUGUUCAAGAGCACCACACUCUAAGGGUAAAGAGAUUUUCGGAGGCCUUCUUUUACGCAGAGCAUCAAAAAGCAGCUGCAACAACUUUCCAGGAAAGCCUCAUCCAGCAUCACAGCCAGAUCUCAACCGAAGUCCGAUAUUCUGAGUAUUUGACCCGCAUGCCACCUCUCCCUGUGGAAUGCCUGGACAUUGACGGAGACUGGAACACGCUACCAAUUAUCUUUGAGGACCGAUAUGUUGACUUCCCUUAUCAAGUUCAGGGCUUAGACAUUUUGGCAAACUACAUGAUUUCUGCAGUGGACAAUUCUCAAGUGGACCUUGACCGAAGUGAAGAGCCUUCCUCGAACAACGAUAUUGCUUUAGCAAAGGGGUACCGGAGCAGCAUCCCUUUCAUUGUACAUACGGACAGGAUACAUAGAAAUUUGGUGUUCCCUUUUGGCUAUUCAAAAAGUGACUCCUGUACAGACAAGACUUUCAAGGCUCAAUCCAUGACUCAGGUGCCCUAUUUCAAUAUGGAACCCGUGCGUAAGACCGUUCAUCAGAAUCAGUCAAUGCUUGUUAUGAAUGCUCAGUGCGACACUGGCAAUUGCGAACCUCCUAAACAUGUGGACGGGAUUGGUUUGAGCCAAGCAGCUCAAAGGGAUAGUUGUGAAUCUAAUGUUGCUUCUGAGAAACCAAUGUUCACCGAGACACCAGUAGAUCGACGUAGUGAAACUCAGAGGACCUUUGACGUAGUUCAUAAUUUCAGCUCCACCCCAACAACUCCGACAACAGUUGUUGAAGAGUCCAAGUCACAUCUGAAGGAGCAUCACAUGGAAAAGCAGGAAGAGGUCCUGACCUCAGGGGUUAUUAAGAGAUCUUCAUCCGUAAUUUCAGACUCAGGAAUUGAAAGCGAGCCCAGUUCGGUGGCUUGGUCUGACGCGAAGAGCAAAGCCUUGGAGUUGACCGGGGAUCGCGAGAUCCUUCACCAGCUCGCCAAAAGGCACGCAACCCACCGGAAUUCCCUGGAACACACAGAAAAUACAAGUUUGCCCAACGGCAUUCAAGCCUCGCUUACUUCCAUUAGCUCCUUGCCUUAUGAGGAAGAAGAAAGAGAAGUUGAGCCCAACAAGUUGACGAAAUCAAUCUCUGCUCCUCUCAGCAGUCCCGAGGAUCCUGCAGAAGCCAUGGAUGUAUCCAAACCUGAUCAAAACAUCUCAGGUGGGCAGUAUGUGGACAUAGGAAAUGCCAGAAUGAUCUCAGUGGGAAAUAUUUCUGCCUGCCAGGAUGGAGGACCUCUGCUUCCCAGUGCUUUGAUGGAUCACCCAACAUCUGAUUGCAACACUGCUCACUUACAAGGAAGUGUUGAUGGCUUUCCUGAGAAUGAAGAAGUAGUUUGGAGGCCACAGGAGGGCGCUAUCUCAAGUAGAAUGCAGUUGCCAGAGAGAAGAGAGGAUAACCUUUUAGAAAAAGCCAAUAACCAUUUGGAUACAGAUGCUUCUCAUCUGGAUGUCUACCAUGAGGAUGCAAACAUGAAUCACAACCACAAUUUGUACGCUGCAGAUGUUUAUGCCUUCUCCAACAGUGAGAAUGAGAUGAUGGACUUUUGCUAUGCCCAUCCAGAUUCAAAGACUCGGCGUACAAUUGAACUUCACCAAGGACCCUCUGCUACUACCUCUCUGGUCCACAGUAGAGACAUCACACGUUUACAGAAAGUUGAGCUGGACCACCGACCUGAGUGUCGAUCGUGCAACAUUGAGCUGGAAAAAAGAGACCUCAAGAUAGCAAAUAGCACCGGGUUUCAUUCCGCGGUGCCAGAAACUUUGGGACUCGAGAGUAAGGCCCUGGAGAUUCAAUUAUCUGUUUCUUGCACGGCCACCUGUCUGCCCUUUUCUUCAGUUCAAGAGACACCUCCACUGACGGUCUUGUCCUCCAAGCAGGUCACUUCUCCUAUCACCCAACCAGUAGGGUCCUUUGGGGUCAUCUCUUGUGAAUCUAGUAAAGUGGGGGAAGAAGACAAUGAACAAAUGCUCAAGUUCUAUCAGGCCAAGAAAACAUUUAAAAAGGAGCUGAAGAUUGAAGUUCUGUACAGUGACUUAUCCAUACUAGCUUCUGAUGUCCCGUAUUUUCCACCAGAGGAAGAGGAAGAAUUUGAAGAUGGGAUUCACCUAGUGAUCUGUGGCCAUGGUCUAGAUGGUAACAGUGCAGAUCUUCGGCUGGUAAAAACGUUCAUUGAAUUGGGCCUCCCUGGAGGGAAACUCGACUUCCUUAUGUCAGAAAGGAACCAG